ACCGAAACCAAAACCAAAGAAAUGGCAACCUUAACCUUAAACUCCUCAUGGUUUCUAAGGGUUCUCACAAUCCUCAUCACUGCAUCAUCUUCAACUUCCUUUGCUUUCUCAGAUUCAUCAUUCCAAGAAAGUUUUUACCAAUGUGUUUGUGUGAACUCUGACUUCACUGUGCCCUUCGGGGCGGCGUUCUUCGCCCCAAACAACGCUUCGUUUACUCCAAUUCUCCAGUCGACGGCCCAGAACCUGAGGUGUCUGGUACCGUCUGUCCCGAAACCCAAACUUAUUUUCACCCCAUUGGUCGAAUCCCACGUGCAGGCGGCGGUUAUCUGCGCCAAGCAGCUUGGAGUUCAGCUCAGGGUCCGGAGCGGCGGCCAUGAUUAUGAAUGCCUGUCGUAUAUCUCCGAGAUGGAGUCGCCGUUCGUGAUUGUUGACCUGGCGAAGCUGAGGAGGGUUGAGGUGAAUAUAGAGGAGAACACGGCGUGGGCCCAGGCCGGGGCGACGGUCGGCGAAGUGUAUUACCGGAUUUCUCAGCAGAGCCGCACCCACGGCUUCCCGGCGGGGCUCUGCACCAGCCUGGGCAUCGGCGGGCACAUCACGGGCGGCGCGUACGGGUCCAUGAUGAGAAAAUACGGCCUCGGAGCUGAUAACGUGGAAGACGCGCGGAUUGUCGAUGUUAAUGGAAAGAUUCUCGACCGGCAAGCAAUGGGGGAGGAGCUUUUCUGGGCUAUCCGCGGCGGCGGCGGCGCUAGCUUCGGAAUCAUUCUUUCGUGGAAAUUAAGGUUAGUGCCGGUUCCCUCCACCGUCACCGUUUUCACCGUUCCCAAAACCCUGGAAGACGGCGCUACCAAACUCCUAUACAAGUGGCAAACCAUCGCCGCCGAUAAACUCGACGAGGAUCUCUUCAUCAGAGUCGUCAUCUCCGCCGUGAACGCCGCCAAGAAAGGCCAGAGAACCAUCCAAACCGCCUAUAACGCCCUGUUUCUCGGCCAAUCCGACCGUCUCCUCCAAAUUAUGACAAAAAAUUUCCCAGAACUCGGAUUAACCAAAAAAGACUGCCUCGAAAUGACCUGGAUCCAAUCCAUCCUCUACAUCGCCGGAUACCCAAGAAACACCCCGCCGGAAACUCUCCUCCAGGGCAAAUCCCUCUUCAAGAACUUCUUCAAAGCCAAAUCCGACUUCAUAAGAGCCCCCAUCCCAGAAUCCGGCCUGGAAGGCCUCUGGAAACGCCUCCUCCAAGAAGACUCGCCGCUGCUGAUCUGGAACCCGUACGGCGGCAUGAUGGCGAAGAUUCCGGAAACCGAAACCCCAUUCCCGCACCGGAAAGGCGUCAUCUUCAAGAUCCAAUACUUAACCCUCUGGAACGACGCCUCGCCGGAAUCGGAAUCGAAGCACUACGAUUGGAUGAGGAAAUUGUACAAUUACAUGGCCCCUUUCGCGUCCAUGUUUCCCAGAGAGGCGUAUGUGAAUUACAGGGAUCUUGAUUUGGGAAUGAGUAAGGGCGGGAAUGAGAGCUUUAUCCAAGCUAUGGCGUGGGGGAAUAAGUAUUUUAAGAUGGAGAAUUUUGAUAGAUUGGUUCGGGUGAAGAGCAGAGUUGAUCCGGAUAACUUUUUCAGGCAUGAACAGAGUAUCCCCACGCUUCCUUUGUCCAUGGAGGAGCGUGGAUUGGGGAAGACGAUGAUCCAUUGAAUUUGAAGUAUAUAUUUAUGUAUUCCUAGUUUAUUAGCUGAUUUUUAUUUUAAUUUCAUGGGUCCUAUGUUCUUAUGCUCCAAAUGCCCAUCGCUUAUGUCAUGCUCUUUAAUUUGUAAUACCAUAUGUAAAGUGUAUAAUGCUUGAAAGAAAAUUUGAAAGUUUUCCCUCCGUUUAA